GACGUAAACAUCGCCCGCCCCUUUGUGUGGUUAGUUCAAUGCUAAAGCUAAAAACAACAACAGAAAGAAGUAAGAAAGAUGUCUGCAGGCCAAGCGCUGAGAGCUUUGGUAAAUGCACGGCUGUGUGCGGCUGCGGAAGAGAUAUUUACGCUGUUUGAGAGAACGAUAGCGGAGUAUGAGGAGCAAUUGCGCCGAUCCAAAGAGGAGAACCAGAGGAACCAGGAGCUUCUUCAGGCUGUGCUUAACCCCAGAGUCACGCUGCUCCGGGCGGGCGUUGAGAGGCCAGGUCCCUGUCUGAACCAGGGACUGGACCUGGGACUAAACCAAGGACUGAACCAGGGACUGGACCUGGGAUUGGACCAGGGACUGGACCAGGGACUGGACCAGGAACUGACCCUGGAGAUCACGGAGAGUCCUCGGAUUAAAAAGGAGCCAGAGGAGCAGGGCAUCAAACAUGAGGAAGAGGCGCAUCUGCAAGUAUCUGCCCAGGAGUCCAGUUCUGACUGUGUGAAGGGAGAAGCAUCGUCACUAUGUCACCAAAGUGAGUCCAGAGAGGACACACUGGGAGAGGACAUAAGCACAGAGACAUAUUUCCACCUAAAAAAUGACACCGAUGAAGACUGGGAACCAUUCAGCUACUCGGCACCACACAUGGAGGUAGAGGCUGACCAAGUCCAGAUCAGAACCAACUCCAGACUAUCUCUCAACCAGAACAAACACCAGUGUCCAAUCUGUAAAAAGACAUUCACCUGUAAGAAUUAUUUAAAAAUACACAAUAACAUUCACACAGGAGAGAAACCCUUCAGCUGUUCAAUCUGUAUGAAGACCUUUGCAGACGCAUCGACGCUCAGGAGACACUUCAGAGUUCACACAGGACAGAAACCUUACAGGUGUUGUAUAUGUAAUAAAGCGUUUGCACAGAACUACAACCGCACGGUCCACAUGAGAACUCACACCAAAGGGGGACCAUGUUGAACAGCUCUCAUUUAUACAAUAUUAUGUGGAUUUCCAACUAAAAGUGACCAUAGACUGUAUAAAUAAGUGGACUGAGGGAGUAUGACAUCACGCAUAACAUUUGACUCCAGUCAAAUGAAGUUCAUCGAGGCUAGAGCAGUUAUAGGGACAAAUUUGGAGUCGAGUUCCAUAUUUAAAAUUCUGACCACGAGUAGCAUAACAACCGAAGAGCCAAUAUCCAGAGCGAGACUGCUGAAGGUAAUGUGCCUUCCCGCACUUUUGGUUUAGCAUGGAGUGGGUGCUUAGCAACGCUGUCAAUCAAACUUGUUGCUAAUGCUAUUAAGAGUGACCUCGGGGGAAGAAACUGCCUGAUUUGUCUGUUAUUAAUGUUCAUAUCUUAAUUUAGGGGAAAAAUAGCUAAAUAAAAACACCAGAAUCAUGUAGAGUGGUUUAAUAUGAACAUUUUAAGACCAAAAUGAUGAGCCUGACAGCAGCAGUUACAGUUACAGAAAGCGUUUCUCAAUAGAAAGUGAAUUUGAGCCAGAGUCAAUGGAGACAGAAGUGCGCCCAUGAUCACUUCCUUUUUGGAACAUGGCGGCUAGCAGAUUAGCUAUGUCCAUUUAUAUAUGCAAUCUAUGGUAGAGACAAAACUCAAACUUCCUCAGACUUGCUUACUUCUUGCCUCACUGUGCUCUGAACUCCUUCUGCCUCUCUGAAAACCCUGAUGCCCAAAGUUCUGUGUUUCAGCCCGGUGCCCAUUUUCAUGCUGUCUUUUUACAGAUCACAAACUUAACAUUGAGAAUCACGUACAGAACUUUUUUGUAUCCAUAAAAGAGAAUGUUCAUGUGAUCUAGUUUAUUUCAGCUUUAUAUACAACAUUUUGAGGAUUUUUUUCCCAUUCAAAAGAUAUAAUCAUUUAUUUUAUAUUUUUGAACACUAUGGCACCAGCCUUAAAUGAUAUUUUUCAACUACAACAGGUGAGCUGAUUUGUGCUGUUAAACAUGUUCCCCUGAAAUACAUAACAGUCACAAGCUAGCUAGCUAUUGCUUUUUCAAUUAGUCACUCUCACCAUGAACGCUCAUAUUGAUCACAGGGUCCUGAAAAUGUGUUGUUUUUUGUGUUUUUUCUUAGUUUUUAGGUUGUUUAUAAAACACAGUCCACCCCCCACGUGAUGUAUCAAUUUCUUAUCAAUCUGAAAGCCUUGGAUACUUUAAAUGUGCACUUUUUCAUUUCUCUGGUGGAGGGUCUGCCACCUGCUUGUGAGAUGGUAUUACUUUUGCCUACAAUAUUCCACAGUAUGGCAUUAAACUAGCCAGUCAUGCCACCUGGGCUAGGUACGGGUCAGAUCUGUGAACUGCAUAACUUUGCUAGUGGUGGAUAAGUCACCUGUUUGCCUUCAUAG